AUGCUUCCAAAAUCCAAGUACAGUCCCAACAAUUUUCGAAAAUAUCAAACCACACCCAAGAAACGUAAAACUUCAUCCGAUUCCAAUCUGGCAAAUGAAAUUGUCGAUUUAACUCUCGAUGAAAAUCAUAUCAUUUCCAUUGAUGAUGAUGAGGAGGAGCAAAUUCAUCACUCCGAGAGAGUAAAAUGUAUUUUAAUUGAUCAUCAUCAUAACGAGUUUAAUGAUGAAGAAGAAUUUGAACUGAUGAGUUUAUUGAUUGGUAAAUUGAGAGGAAAGUUUAUUCGGUCAGUUUCUCUGGAAUUUGAUUCGUGCUAUCAGUUGAGUGUUAAAGCAAUGAAGAAACCAUUUGAUGUAAAGAUUUCGUAUAAUCACAAAUUGGUUGUUGUCUCUGAUUAUAAUGCAAAUUCAUUGUUUCUUUUUGAUUUGAUAACAAAGAGAUAUUUGACGAAACUAUAUAUUAAGAAUCCACAUUAUAUUGCCAUAGAAUCAAAUGUGGAUUAUCGUGAAGGAACUGAAAAUGAUGCAAUUAUUGUAACAAGUGCUAGUAACCAUGUUUACAAAAUUGACAUUAAAUUGAGUGUGAAAAAUGGAAAGAGUUCAGAAAUUUGGAAAGUUGGUGGAACGAAACAUUUCAAUUCCCCAUGUGGAGUAGUUGUCUAUCAUAACAAGGCAAUGGAUAGAAGAGAAUCCCAUGAAAAUUCAUAUUUCAGAUUAAAUCAACAAGAAAGAGAUGAAAAUCUUGUAAUGGUUUGUGAUUUUAAUAAUAAUAGAAUUCAAGUGUUGGGUUCAAAGUAUGGAAAUUUGAUUUCUUCAAUUACAUUGAUUCCUGGAAUUGGAUUACAAACUCCGUGGAUGAUUGAUGUGAAUUCGUAUGGAGAUUUGGUUCUUUCUGAAUUUUCGAAUAGAGUUCAAUUGAUUAGAUAUGUUUCGAAUGUGUACGAUUAUAUGGAUAUUGCAGAAAGGGAAGAGAUGGAUUCAGACGGAUGGGUUUCUCUUCAUCAAUUCUCAUCUGAAUCAAAUUCAAGAAAUGUCAAGACCAAAUGUUGUGGAAUUGUAGUUGACAAGACCACUCAGAAUGUAAUAAUAUGUGAUAGAGAUUCGAAUAUCAUUAGAAUAUUCAAUGUGAAUGGAAUAUUUAUCAAGGAAGUGAGAGGAGUCAUUAAUAAUCCGAGAGGAAUCUGCAUUGAUGAAAGAAGUGGAGAAUUACUCAUUGUGGAUUCGGAAAGAAAAUGUGUUAAGCGGCAACUUAUGGAGCAGCAGGUUGGAACAAUUACAAUCCAGCAACAACCUACGGAACAGGUUUUGGCUACAAUACUGGAUUUAAUGGUGCAGCAGCUUUCCCAUACGGAAGCAAUAACAACUUUAUCAAGAGUGGAGCCAUUCCAUCGUCAGGUUAUGGUGGUCAUCAAGUCAUCACAACACCAACAAGAGAAGGUUAUGAUGUAG